GCGGAGCUUUCAUAGACGACAUGCUUUGAAAGUUACUGAGUGCUCAUUACGUAGAGGUUAGCGGCGUUAGCGAGGUUGCUAGUUCGCUAACUUAACCAAAACAUGUCUGCGGUGCUAGCAAGGCUGCUUUUCUACCCAACUUUAGCCUACAAUGUCGUCAUGGAGAAGGUGUCUUCGCGACGCUGGUUCGACCGAGUGGACGAGACUGUGCUACUUGGAGCUCUGCCAUUCAAAUCAAUGACCAAACAGUUGGUGGAAACGGAAAACGUUCGAGGAGUUAUCACCAUGAACGAGACGUACGAGACCAAGUACUUCUGUAAUUCGGCCGAGGAGUGGCAGGCAACGGGGGUGGAGCAGUUGAGGCUGAGCACCGUCGACAUCACUGGCGUCCCCACUUUGGAGAACCUCCGUCGGGGUGUUGACUUUGCCAUGCAACAGCGGGAAAAGGGAAACAGCGUUUACGUCCACUGCAAGGCCGGACGCUCCCGCAGCGCCACGCUGGCCGCCGCGUACCUCAUACGGCUACACUGCGUAACUCCCGAAGAAGCGUGUCAAAAACUGGCGACCAUCCGGCCCCACAUCCUGAUACGUUCUGCUCAGCUGGAAAUGCUGCGGAAAUAUCACCUGGCUGUGUGUGGACGGUCCCAUUAAGAUGGGUUUUUCAUGGCGUGAUGGGACUCGGAUUUGCCUUACUUGAACCCCCUCCCCAAGUUUCACUGGACAGAUAAUGUUAUUUUUUUUUUUUUGCACAUUGAAUAUAUUUUUAAACCCUAGAAAUUUUACUCAGACUUGUCGCAUUUUAGUUGUUUGUUUACAACAAAACAGUUUAGAAUGGUUUUGUUUCCUGUACAUCAACUUUUGUAGUGUUACAAAUGCAUUACAUCAACACGCGUGUUAGUAGUAUGUUUGUUUUAGCUGCUCCUGUGACUGUUGCCAAACCAGUUAUAUUUUGUAAACAGACAUAUAGCAUGUUUUUAGAUUUCUUACAUGUUUUUUUUUUUUUUUUUGCUGUUGUCUCAAAAAUACUGACA